AUGGAAUUUCACAAGGAAGCUCUCGCAUCUUGGGAGACCAACGCCUCGUUCUGGAAUGAAGGUGUGGGGAGGGAUGGCAACAAAUACUGGAAGUCACUUCAGAUGCCAGCUCUUGAGCGCAUGAUCGACGUGCGUUCGGGCAGCCGAGCCCUGGAAUUCGCGACAGGCAAUGGGCUGGUAGCUAGGUGGCUUGUAAGCCGCGGUUGCAAUUCGGUCCUCGCAACCGAUGGAAGUGCAGGCAUGCUCAAACAUGCAGAAAAUCGCCAAUCAGCUGACGAGGCCUCCAAAAUUUCCUACAGGCAGCUUGAUGUCACGGACCCUGUCUCAUACGAUGAGUUAAAAGCGGAUCCUCGAGCUACUGGUGGGUUUGAUAUCAUUAUCAUCAACAUGGCAAUCAUGGACAUUGCGGAUAUACAGCCGUUGGCCCAGGCACUGCCAAAACUAUUGAAGCCUGACGGAGUAUUCGUUGCCACGGUCCUCCACCCUGUGUUUUUCACCUGCGGCGCAACACGGUCGAUUGAGAUUGACAGCUCCGCCGGUAUUACCGACAAACCGAUUGUGACCAGGGCCAAAGUAAUACGGCAGUACCUGAAUGUUCCGCCAUAUCACGGCGUGGCCCUGUAUGGCCAGCCGGCGCAGCAGGUCAGUCACUGUCGACAUGAUUGA